AAGAAGAAGCAGAUCGUGAAAUGUUUACAUUCUGCGAACGUACUAGAUAGUAGUCAUAGUCAUAACAGAAUAAGUUGAAAUAUAGUAGGUAAUGGCGAACCUUCAUUAUCAUCAAUGCAACGUCCUCAAAAAUUCGUGGAGAAGUGCACAUACAAGUGUGGAGGACUUUUUGCAGCAGAGAAUGCUGUGGAAAUAAUUCCAAAUGGUGAUUCUUUUUUAAUCUACCUUUGACAUGGUCAUUAACAGGAUUGAAAAAGGGUUUGUCAUCAAGAUUUGAAGUAUAGCUUCAUAUUGGAAGUAUGAGCCUAGUAAGGUACCACACCACUUGUAACACCAAGUAACCGCUAAAUGCAUCACUAGGAUCAUCUUGAAAAUGGAGAAUUCCACUUCAGAAAGGAAUAUUGAGCUGAAUGAGCACUUUACAGAUGAAUCUCACAAGAAGGAUUCAUCUGUUAUCUUCAUCUAUGGUGAUUUAUCCGAUGCAGCCUCAUCUUGUGCUGAAACUGGUGUUGAUUCUGAAGGAGGUGAGCAGGCUAAUGUAUCUGUAUCUUGUGCUUUUUCUGAAAGUGCUGGAUCCUUUAAGCAGACUACUUUGUUUGAAAGUCCCUCCAAAGAAUAUGGAAAUUGUGAGAAAGAACUUUGUGACAAUAAAGACCCUCCCAGUUCUUCCUGUGUAAGUUGCAGUCCCUUGUCUGACCAAGGAAAAGAAUUGUCCUCAUUUGACAUAACACCAAAUGAAAAAUGUGAUAAAGAUUUAAUAGUAAAUCAGACUAAGAAAAAUGUACUAAACAAAGACCAAAGUGAUAGAGUGUGUGGUCUUUCAAGGAUCAAUCCACCAAUCAUGAUAAAAAAAGUAACUCCACUUAAAAGUUCUGACCAUGGCAUUCCAAAAUCAAAAUUGCCAUCUGUUUCAGUUACGUGUACUGAAGUCCAGAGAAGUAUUCAGACUGAUGCACACCUUAAAAGAUAUCCUCCAAUAUCUGUGAGAAAAAUGAUAUGUGAUAACAUGACUUCUAAAAAGGAAGAAUCAAAUUCAGAUCCAUCUUUCAACCUGAUGAAUUCUCAACAUUCUGCUCAGUGCAUGAAACAGGGACAAAUUAAAUGUGAUUUUGUGUGUAGUCUUUAUAAGUCCAAUGAUUGGAUUAAAGACAGUCCAUGCUCUCCAAAAUUUGUCGGCAAAUUAAAACAGAAAACUAGAAAGAAAAAUGCUCAUGUAGUGGUGAAAAAUAUUACUAACAGUGACAAGGGCAGUAAGACACAAAAUGAGGUUAAUACUUGUCGUAAUGAAGCAAAGCAUCUCCUGUGUGUAUUUUGUGAAAAAUUCUUUGGAUGGAAAGCUAUCAGUUGUGUGAAACUUGAUGCCCCUCUUCCCUCAAGCUUCAUGAAUCCAUUAUCACUUUUGCAACAUUUUGGAAUUACACUUUCCAUUCCUGUGUAUGGACCAGACAAAAAGAAAUUGACAUUUAUAAAUGUGUGUCACGUAUGUUAUGAUCUAAUGGUAGAUGCUGAUGAAUUAUAUAAAAAAUUCCAUUCCUUAGCAGAUCAGAUGAGGCAGUCGUGGCCCAAACAUACCAUAGAUAAUAACUCCUCAAUAUUAAUGCCUGUAUCUGGUUCAGUAGAUGAAAGUUUUUAUGGAUGUCCAUCUCCUUUAGGUGAACCUCCCCUAAAUAAUGUUUCUGGUAUAACAGAAAAGGAAAGAAAAUUAGGGAAAAAGCCUCAGUAUAUUCUACCAAAAUUAAACAAGGCUGCAGAUGUGUCCAUGAGUGUGAUUAUUCCAUCUGAACUUGAGGCAAUGAUAAAUAUGAAUGAGGAAAAAUGUGAUAAGCCAGUUGUGAAUGCUGAGAACGUUAAAGCUAAGAGAGUGAGAACAGAACCUCUCACUUGUGGUCUGUGUGGUAAAGAUUUUUAUGUUGAAGAUCAGUGGGAAUAUCAUUUAGAAAAGGAUCACAGGGUUCAGAAGAAAUGGCACAGAUUCACAACAAAAAUGCACACAAGGCUUCGAGCUCACAUAAUCAGUGAACUGAUAAAACAUAAAAAUGGUCAGAAAGGUUUUGAGUGGUGCAGUGAUGAUAAAAAUAAACAUUGCAUGCAGGAAGAGGGCAAAAUCGUUUACACGUGUGAUGCUUGUGGAAAUGUGUUUGGUGAUCAGAAUUAUUUUGUGGCCCAUUUGCGCAGCUUUCAUAGUAUUAUGGUUGAUGACUCGCUGGUGUUUGGUACCGAAUGCAGCAGCCGAGGAAAAUGUGAUAAUCAGAGUUCGGACGAAAAAAGGUUUACAGUUCAAUCUGAAGUAAUUUCGGGUAUUGAAAAAGGUUUAGCAGAAUGUUAUCCUGAUGGAAAUUUACAUUUAAUUGCAAAUAAACUAAAAAAGGCAGAAGAUAAUGGAGGUGUUGAAAAUGAAAUCUUGCAUAUGAAUCAUCUUGAAAAUAAUGCUGGGGAUUCGUUAUUGGUCAGUACCUACUGCCAGAAUAUUGGUGGCACAUCUUUGUCAAGCAGUUCACCUACAGAAAAGCCUGCUUUGAACAAAGUCACAGUCCAAAAGAGAAACCUACUGCUUGAUACUAGCAUUGAUGAAGUUAAAUGUUUAAUUUGCAACAAAAUAUUUAGUUCCAAGAAAGCUUUGGAAGAUCAUGUUGAGAUGUCCCACCUGUCUUCGUCUGUUAUUUUAAAGGGAAACGAGAGUGGAGGUGUUGUGGACUAUGCCAUUGAUGUGCAAGGUAGUGAUGGAACAGUGAAGAAAUUAGGUGACGAUUCAAAUUUUACAAUAGAAGAAACAGUUAAUAGAACUGAAGAACUGAUAAACUGGCAGAGUGAUAAUGUUUUAGAUAGCUCUAACUUUACUGAUAAUAAACUCAAAGUAUGCAAAAGUCAGUUAGAUAAAGAAAUGCUCCAACAUUUGGUGUAUGAAUGUGAAAUAUGUAGUAGAAGAAUCGCAGGAAAGAAACUGUUACUGAUGCACAUGAAGAGAAUGCAUAAUAUAUCGAUGGACUUGCAAGGGGCAGAGCGACUUCGUUAUUGUAAAUAUUGUCUGUUCCGCUGCACAAGUCGUCCACUUCUCAAAGAUCACCAGAAAGAAAAGCAUGGUCAGCAUAGAGAAGCAAAUCGGCAACAAUGUGAAACCUGUGGUAAGAUUUAUUCUUCUAAAUACAUUCAGGAGCAUAUGUCAGUCAUGCAUGGCAGUGAAAGAAAGCAUUCUUGUAACUUAUGUGGGAUGAAAUUCUUUGACCAUAAAGGUUGGAGGAAUCAUUUUUAUUUAGAACAUGCAAAUAAAGAAUGGAAAUGUGGAAAAUGUAAUUUAGUGUUCAAGAAAUAUCAUCAGCUGCGACAGCACAUGACAUAUAUCCAUAGUACAAAGGAGUUCAAAUGUGAUAAGUGUCCAAAAAUUUACAAAAGGAAAGGAGAUUUAACAGUACAUAUCAAGAGAGCUCAUGAAAAGAUUGUCUCAUUUUGUAAUUAUUGCUCAAAGCAAUACAGAAGUCCAUAUAAACUUAAAGCCCAUUUAGUGAAUGUACAUGGGCUCUCCAAAGAAGAAACUUACUCUCAGAGAUAUGCAAGACAUAAACGAGCGAAUAAUAAGCAUUGGUUGUUAGGCAAGGAUAGUGAUAUGUCCUCUGACAAAACAUUAGAAAUUCCUGAAGGUAGUGAGGUAGAAGAGGCUUGUAUGAGAAUUGAAAAGGGUUCCUCUGAACUUCAGUUGGCUGAGGUUAUUGAGUCAACAAGCAAUGAUCUUGAUGAAGUAACGGUGCUCAUAUUAUCAUCAUAAAAUAAUCUUCAUAGGAGCUGCCCUUUGUGGUUUGUCAUGUGGAAGAAAGUGGAAAGUUUUUUGCAUAAUAAAUUAUUUUUCAUAUAUUUUUGUUGAUAAAUUUCCCAUCUUUGGCAGUUCCCCCUCUUAAGAACUGUGUAUAGUGUGCCUUGCAUGGCAUACUAUAGACAUACAAGGCCAUUUUUAGUAUUUCAAUUGCCCUCAGUGCAUUACUUAAUGCAUUUUUUAUUUCUUUUGUUCCCUCUGGUCUCGUAUCUCGGCUAUUCAACUUUUUAAAACUUUUGUGUUUCUAUUUUCCAGAAAUGGGAUUCAUGUCUCGUUAACUACUGCACUUUAUUAUGUAUAUUAUAAUAAGUGGUCAGAAAGUAAUGUUGACUUUGUAACAAUGUAAAUAAAGUUACAUUAUGCAUUA